CAGUGAUCACAAAAAAAUUUACAUAAGUGCAUGAAGGUGAAUAAUACAACAUUAAUUUGUUAAAAAACAAAAUGGCUAAAUUCAACUUGAUUUCUUUCCUUGGGGCAACUGUAUUGGGUAUAUCUGCAGUUUUUUUUAUUGUUGCUGUUUCUACAAGAUAUUGGAUAAUAGGCGAUACUCAAAUAGACAUGGAGAAAUUUGUUGAUGCAUAUAUAGAAAAGAGAAUUUUGAUGGAAGCAAAUCUAACUACAACUAUGACAAUUACAACGCCCGGAACUAUAACGCCCGAAAUAAAAACGGUAGACGCUACCACCGCCGAGGCUACAGCCACUGAAGCUACCACUACCAAGGCUACAAGCACUGAAGCUACCACCACUGAAGCUGCCACUACUGAAACUACAACAAUCGAAGCUACCACCACCGAGAUUACAAGCACUGAAGCUACCACCACCGAAGCUGCCAAUGCUGAAACUACAACCUCUGAAUCCAUGACUAGCUCAAGCACAAGCACUGAAGCUCCAACUACAACGUACACAACAGCCAUUCUUGAGAAAGUUACCAAUCAAUCCUUCAUGGGUAACUACAGCGUAUUUAAUUAUUCUGGUAUUACCAUGAAAACAAAUUCAUACUUUGGUUUAAAAUCUCUUCUAUUGGAGUUUGAAUUAAAUGUGCAACCGGAAUAUGCAUUUGAUUUUUCUUACGAUGAUUAUGAUGAUAUGACCACGACAAUGUCGCAAUAUUCAGAUUUCAAGGAUCUAAAGAAAGAUCUUGGAGGAAUGUAUGGCUGUUUGACUUCAGCUGCCGUCUUUACUGCUUUUGCAGCAUUUCUGUGGUUCUUCAAAGUAUGCAUUGAAACAAAAUGGACGAAGAUACUGCUUUUCAACAUCGUCAUCGUCUGUUUAUUGGCAGUUAUUUUUGCUGUUAUUGGAUUGUCUUUAUUACCUCGAACUCUCUCAACAGUUAAAACAUUGAGCGGUACAAUGUAUGAAGAUGCAAUGAAAAAAUCCGUAUUCCAUGGUAAUCCAUUCGAGGAUGCAAAAUUCUCUUAUUCGAUAGAUUAUUCUUUCUACCUCGGGAUUGUUGGAGUUGUUCUGCUGGCUAUUGGUGCAAUUGUGAGCGUUGUCGAUUUGCUCUUAUACGUGCCAGAACAUAAAAAACAAUGAAACGGUUUCAUUCAUAAUAAUUUUUUUAAAUUCAAGUUCUUAAUGCAAGACAUUUAGGCUAUAUAAAAUGUUUUGUUGUAAUUGUAAAAUAUAAAGCACAAAUGUUUAUGAUGAUUUUACGUUAAAUACAUCUUUAACGAAUCGCAAUUUUUAUUAAAAAAAAAAUAUAUUAAAAGGUCUCACAAAAGCUUCAUCAACGCUGUUUAAAUUCAACUAUUAAUUGAACAAAAACGUGCAACAAAAUAUAGUUUCUAACAAGGUUACUAUUUCACAACUGCCGUUUUAUUACGUUGUCAUUCCAUAGAAAUAUAAACAUACCGUGUAACUGUGUAAUGAAGUUUAAAAAUGCUACGAUAAAAUUGGUUAGAUUAUUGUGAUUAUGCUGUAUGCAGCACCUGUAGUUAAAUAUACUCAUAAUCGUUGC